CCCAUGGAUUUAGGGGGGAGGGGAAAAGCCAUGGGGGCACCCCCCGGAACCCCUUUCCCAGGCGCGCUUUUCGCUGGAAGAGGCGCAGAGAGACACCCUCGCCGGGAUCUUAAGUGUGGGGGAGGCUAGGUGGGGGAUCUUUCGGCCCCAGCGCCCGAGGCUUGGAAAAGAGAGUUGGCAGAGAAAGCGGACUACGUGCCGUGCCCGGCCAUGGCCUAGGUCGUUCUGCCCGGCCCCGGCCGCAAUGUCCUCUUUGCCCUGCCCCCUCCCUGGCAGGGACGCUUCCAAAGCCGUCUUCCCGGACAUCGCCCCCGUCCCAUCUGUAGUGGCUGCCUACCCUCUAGGCCUGUCCCCCGCAACCGCAGCCGCCUCCGAUUUGCCCUACUCUGGGCCAUACGGCCACCUCCUGCCCUAUCCCUACACCGGGCCGGCGACGCCCUCAGACCCUUACCUGCCUUGCCAGCAACCCACGGCGCCCUCUCAGCCCUCUCUGCAGGAGCGGGAAGCAGAUGCAGAGAAGCCGCCGCUGUCCCCGGAGCCCUCGGAGCGGCUCCCUCAAGCCCCGGCCAAAAAGCUGCGCAAGCCUAGGACCAUCUACUCGAGCCUGCAGCUGCAGCACCUAAACCAGCGUUUCCAGCACACGCAGUACCUGGCGCUGCCGGAGAGGGCCCAGUUGGCUGCACAGCUCGGCCUCACCCAGACCCAGGUAAAGAUCUGGUUUCAGAACAAACGUUCCAAAUACAAGAAGCUCCUGAAGCAGAACUCUGGGGGGCAGGAAGGGGACUUGCUUAGCAGGCCCCCCUCCCUGUCUCCCUGCUCCCCGCCCCUGCCAUCCCUCUGGGAUCUACCCAAGGUGGGCGCCCUGCCCACUGGGGGCUAUGGCAACAGCUUUGGAGCCUGGUAUCAGCAUCACUCCCCAGACGCUCUGGUUCCACCUCAGAUGAUGUGAGCCUGGGCAUGGGUGGGUCAGGCCCCCAGCCCUCCUACAAAGCCCAGGACCCAGCCCACCUGCACCCCUUCUGGGCCUGGAGGAAACCAGCUCCAGGUGGGUUUUCUCAGGAUGAUGGGGAGGAAAAGGAUAGUAUGGAUCCCGGUCCCCCUUACCCCAUAACCCAAACAUAACCCAUAACCCAAACAGCCUAAUAAAAACCUUUGGUCUCAG